AUGAAGGUUUUGUACACAAAUGCAGCAGCUAGUGUUGAGGAGUGGAUCACCAAUGCUGAAGCUUCCCUACAUUCUUCUGCUAGGAAGAUUGUUGGUCUUGAUGUUGAGUAUGAUAAACUCAGUGGAACCUAUUUCAGUCCGAAGAAAGCUGCUGUGAUCCAGCUAUGUGUUGGCACUGAUGUUCUUGUGUACCACAUAUGCCAUGCUGAUGAGAGGAGUGAAAAGUUGUAUGAUUUCUUUCAUGGCUAUAGGUACACUUUUGCUGGGUUUUGCGUCGCAGAAGACCGCACCAUUCUUUCACGUUCAAAGUACUAUGUUCAUAAUGUGAAGGAUAUCCAGGCAAUAUGGAGAGAUCCGGACAACAAGAAGAGAACUCAAGGUCUGAAGGAUGUUGCUGGAGCUAUUAUAGAUCCAAUCUAUUUUGAGAUGAAGGAUGGUUUUGGAAGGGGCGAGGCACGGGAUGUGGGCUAA